AUGUCUUACGCCCAAUAUUUUACACCUGUUCCUGACGCUUCUGUCACAUUCAACGGGGCAAAUGUUCAAAUCAAUCCAUUUGAUCCCAAGAAUGCUACUUCAAAAGAUAAUUUCAAUAACUUAGAAUCCAAUGAUGAUUUAUUACAAAAUUUAACUUUCCAAGCCAAUAAAGGGGAAGUUGUUUUAGUAUUAGGUGAGCCUUCUUCAGGGUUAUUCAAGGCUAUGUUUCAUGCUAAUCAAAACAUGUUUUAUAAUCCAGCAAAUUCUGUAAGAUUUAAAAAUAAUGAAUUUAAAUCCUAUUCUAAAAAAUGUCCACAUCAAAUUAUUUAUAACAAUGAACAAGAUACCCAUUUCCCAUUCUUAACAGUUAGACAAACUAUUGAUUUUGCGUUAAGUUGUAAAUUUAGAAUCCCUAGGGAGGAGCGUGAUCAAAUGAGAGAUGAUAUAUUAGAAGAAUUUGGGUUAUCACACGUACUAGAUACUAUUGUGGGUAAUGAUUAUGUUAGAGGUGUUUCAGGUGGUGAAAGAAAACGUAUUUCUAUUAUCGAGACUUUCUUAUCAAAUGGGUCCGUUUAUCUAUGGGACAAUUCCACAAAGGGUCUUGAUUCUUCCACGGCUUUGGAUUUCAUGAAUAUUUUACAAACUCUGGGUAGAGCCACGCAAGCUAUUAGUUUAGUUAAAAUCUCUCAAGCUUCAGAUCAAAUUAUUGAUAAAUUCGACAAAAUUUUAAUGUUAUCCAAAAAUAGACAAAUCUUUUUCGGUACUUUAGACGAAUGUUUAGAUUAUUUCAUUAAUGAUUUAGGUAUUGAAAAAAAUCCAAAUGAUUGUAUUAUGGAAUAUUUAUCAUCCAUUUUAAAUUUACAAUUCAAUACUGCUGUGUCAAAGACAGAAAUUAACAAUUCAAGAAAGGUCUCUAAAACUGUCACUUCUAUUAUUUCCAAUGAAGAAGAUUUAUAUCAAAAAUGGAUCAAUACUGAAUAUUAUAAAAAAUGGGCUCAAAUUACUGAAAGCACACCAGAUUCUCAAAUCCAAGUCGAUUCAUUUAAUCCAGAAGAUAUUUCUCCAAUAUUUGCUGUCCCAAUGCAUUUACAAUUAUGGUAUUGUAUUAAAAGAGCUUUUGAAAGAAUUUUUGGUGAUAGAGCCUAUUUGAUUGCUCAAUGGAUUGCUGUAACUGUCCAAGCUUUAGUUAUCGGGUCUUUGUUUUAUGAUAUUCCAAUGAACACUGUGGGUUCUUAUUCAAGAGGUUCCUUAACUUUCUUCUCUUUAUUGUUAUUUACUUUCUUAGCUUUAGCCGAUAUGCCUGCUUCUUUCCAAAGACAACCAAUUGUUACAAAACAUGUUCAAUUAUAUUUCUAUCGUAAUUGGGUCGAAACAUUCUCUUCUACUUUAUACGAUUACUUGUUUAAGAGUUGUUUGGUUAUUGUCUUCACUAUCAUAUUAUAUUUCUUAGCCCAUUUCCAAUACACAGCCGGUAGAUUCUUUGUGUUUUUAUUAUUUGUUGGUAUUUAUAACUUCUGUAUGGUUACUUUGUUCUCUUUAACUGCUCUUAUGACUCCAACUUUGGGUAUUGCUAACUUGGUUGCUGGUAUUCUUCUAUUAGCCAUUGCAAUGUACGCAUCUUAUGUUAUUUAUUUGAAAGAUAUGCAUCCAUGGUUUGUUUGGAUUGCCUACAUGAAUCCAGCUAUGUUUGCAAUGGAAGCUAUUUUAAGUAAUGAGUUACAUGGCUUGAAGUUAGACUGUACCGAUUCGGUUAUUCCAAGAGGUGCUACUUAUUCGAAUUUAUCAUUUAAACAUAAAGCUUGUGCUUGGCAAGGUGCUACUUUGGGUAACAAUUAUGUUAGAGGACAAGAUUAUUUAAAGAGUGCUUUAUCAUACACUUAUCAUCACACUUGGAGAAAUUUUGGUAUUUUGAUUGGUUACUUAUGCUUCUAUAUUGCUUUUGCAUUAUUCGCAUCUGAAUAUGUUAAUCCACAAUAUACCAAGGAAAAUAUGGAUCGUUGGAGAUUUUAUUUUUCAAGAUUCUUACCUUUCUUAAGGAAUGAGCAAAGAAAACAUGUCGAAGAAGUUAAAUCUUUAGAAAGUCCAAAUGUGUUAAAUACCACUGUAUCUACUACUUCUUCUCUCACUUCUUCUGAAUCCGAUAAUAUUGCAGUGGGUAAAGGAAAAGAAGGGUUGAAAUUAUCCGAAGAUACCAUUGAAGAUGUUUCUGAUGCUGAUCAAAGAGUGGAAGCUCAAUCUCAUUUGAUUUCUUGGAAAAAUAUGAAUUAUGUUGUUGGAGGUAAUAAACAGUUAAUCAAUGAUGUUUCAGGUUUUAUUGGUUCUGGGUUAACUGCAUUGAUGGGUGAAUCUGGUGCUGGUAAGACUACUUUGUUGAAUAUUUUAUCUCAAAGAACCGAUACUGGUGUUGUAACUGGUGAAAUUUUAAUCGAUGGUAAGCCUUUAACUGAUAUCGAAUCUUUUAACAGAAGUAUUGGGUUCGUUCAACAACAAGAUGUUCAUUUAGAAUUGUUAACCGUUAGAGAAUCCUUAGAAAUUUCUGCUACUUUAAGGGGUGAUGGUGAUAUGAAUUAUGUUGAUACUAUUUCUCAUAUGUUAAGAUUACCAGGUGAUAUUUUAGUUUCUGAACUUUCUCCAACUGAAAGAAAAUUGUUAUCUAUUGGUGUUGAAUUGGUUACUAAACCUUCUUUAUUAUUAUUUUUAGAUGAACCAACUUCAGGUUUAGACUCUGAUGCCGCUUUAACUAUUGUUCAAUUUUUAAAGAAAUUAUCUCAACAAGGUCAAGCUAUUUUAUGUACUAUCCAUCAACCUUCUAAGAGUGUUAUCAGCUAUUUCGAUAAUAUCUUCUUAUUAAAGAGAGGAGGUGAAUGUGUCUAUUUCGGUCCAAUUACUGAAGCUUGUGAAUACUUUGUUAAUCAUGAUAAUUCUUUGACUUAUGAUACUGAAUUAGGUAACCCUGCUGAUUUUGUUAUUGAUGUGGUUGGUAGCAAAUCUCAAGGUGGUGAAGAUGAAUUUGGUGAAAAGAGACAAACAAAUGAUUGGGCUGCUCUAUGGAAAAACUCUCCAGAAAAUAGGGCAGUUCAUGCUGAAUUAGAAACUUUAGAAAGUGAAGCUAGAAACUCUGGUGUUGAUUUUACUACUUCUUCUUGGGCCCAACCUUCAUAUUUGAAACAAUUGGCUGUUAUUACAAAGAGACAAUAUUUAUGUACUAAGAGAGAUUUGAUGUAUGUUUUGGCCAAAUUUGCUUUGAAUGCAGGUGGUGGUCUUUUCAUUGGGUUUUCUUUCUGGAAAAUUGGAUAUGGUGUUUUAGAUCUUCAAUAUGUUAUCUUUUUCUGUUUCAUGUCUAUGUGUUUAUCUUCUCCAUUAAUUAACCAAGUUCAAGAUAAAGCACUUAUAUCCAAGGAAGUUUAUGUGGCAAGAGAAGCUAGAUCUAAUACCUACCAUUGGACUGUUCUAUUGUUGGCUCAAACUAUCAUCGAAGCUCCUUUAGCCAUUUCAAGUUCUACACUUUUCUUCUUAUGCUCAUAUUUCUGUUGUAAUUUUGAUAAUUCUCCUCAUAUUGCUGGUGUUUUCUAUUUCAACUAUAUUAUUUUCUCGUUGUAUUAUUUGACUUUCGGUUUAUGGUUAAUUUUCUCAGCUCCAGAUUUACAAACUGCUGCUGUCUUUGUUGCAUUCUUCUAUAGUUUCACUGCUUCAUUCUGUGGUGUUAUGCAACCAAAGGGUUUAAUGCCUGGCUUCUGGGUUUUCAUGUACAGAUGUUCUCCAUACACUUACUUCAUUGAUACUUUCACUUCUGUUUUAUUGCAUGACAGAAAGGUUGAAUGUUCUCAAGGUGAAUUAGUUCCAACAUCUCCAGAUAAGGGUAAUUGUGGUGAUUUUAUGAAAGCUUAUGUUGAUGAAUUUGGUGGUUACGUUAAGGUACCAAAGGCUAUCGGUGUUUGUGCUUAUUGUACUUAUACCAUUGGUGAUGAUUUCUUGGAAGUUGAAAACAUGAGCUACAGUCACAGAUGGAGAAACUUUGGUAUUGAAUGCGCAUUUGUUGCUUUUAAUUUCUUUGGUAUGUUUGCUGGUUUCUACCUAACAUACAUCAAAAAGGUUUGGGGUGAUGUUUUCAAACCUGUCAAGUACAUUCUAAGAAAUCCUCUUAAAAAGAAAGUUAAGAAUUAA